AUGGUACUGCAGAACCUUGCAACUACUGAUAUUUCCAUCACCGAAGAGACAGCCGCAAUCCACGAAAACUUUCAGAAUCGGCGAGGAUGGAUUCAGAAAGAUCUCUGCAACCUCAAUGUUUUCACAUACUUGAAAAAGGGUUGCAUUCUUGUGCUGCAGAAUAUUGACAACUACGAUCGUGCUAGCAGAAUAGCUCUUUGGAGACUUAUUUGGAGGCUUGAAAGUGCAUCAGACGAGAAGUUGAGGAUUGUGGUGUCGUACAAGCUCGGCUCCAUCGUACGAGAUGAUCUGGUCGGUAUGGAGAGUAUAUGCCAGUCUUUUCCGUCCAACGAAAGGCCUCUCUACGAGCGCAACCUUUCAGAUAGUGACUAUAUUGAGUUCCUUAGAGAGAGCCUCUGCAUCUCCGACAAUGGCAAGCAGAAUAUCUUCGCAAACUUGGAAAGGCUUGUUGGCAUGGGCCAAGGCAACUUGCAUUCAAUAGUCGAACUGCUCAAGUCUCAUACUGGAUGGCCCGGUGAAGAAUCACCGGGUGCUUUGUCCAAAUUUGGCAGCAAUAUAUCACCAACAACCUCUCCCGCAAAAGUACUUGAUUAUAUCCUAAGAUCUGUCGCUAUCCAGCCUGCAAUUUGUUGA